AUGGCCACGGAACCAUCAGAAGAGGAUAUUAACAAUUUCAUCGGCUUCACCAGUCUCUCCCGAGAGCAGGCCAUAAGCUUCCUCAAUGCAAAUAAUCUUAACCUGGAAAAAGCAAUCAAUGCGUAUUUCGAGAACCCAUCCGGUCUACCAACGCAGCCCCAAAACGAAUGGGAAUCUUUUGGAACCCCAUCGUACUCUCAGAACAACCAGUCGGUUCCAACAUUCAACAUCGAGAAUUCCGAUGGCAUCCUUGGAAAGGGUUAUACAGCACCGCCUUCGCGCCCGCCUUCCAGGAUAAAUACCAGUGAGACGCUGGGCAAUCAAAAGCACAAUGGGAUCGGCGCAGGUACAUCGGGUGCAGGUCAGUCAGGAAAUUCAGGGCAAAAGUUGAGUGCAGCGCAGCUCGAAGAACGCGAUCUUCAACAAGCAGUAGCAAUGUCGCUAGGCCAAGAUUAUACUCAUCAGGAAAGUGGUGUCAUCUCAACAACGGACAAUUCACGAUUUGGCCCGGCCACCCAAGACUUCUAUGAUGAGAAUUCAUGGGGGAUGACUAUAUUUAAUGAGAACGCUAGAGAGGAAAUCAUUAGUCCGGAUCCCGAGGAUCGCCAGCGCAAUGGCAACGAACCCGCCUUCCUUCGUCCUUCGCAAGAAGCUCUUUAUAUCGGAGGAUUUUUGACUAUUCUACAUUCGAUUCCGAUCGCUCGGGAAGCCCUUCUGCUUAGAGACAAGGUCAUUCCCGACUACGGAUAUGACUCCCAAUGGUGGAAUGGCCAACCUGUGAAGGCGCCGAGAAUCGUGUCUCUCAGUGAUCCAUAUGCCGAAGACCAGGAUUGGGAAGACAUUAUAUACGAAACUCAACGAUUAAUGGCUUUCUUGGACGUAACGCGACGGGCCUUUGGAAGCACGGAUGCUCUUGCCAGUUUAAAAGCUAUGCAUGGAUAUGACCAGGAUGGCGGGGUGGAAAAGUUUCUCGAGGCCUGGCAGGAAGCAGCUGUACGUGCGACCCCGGAAAACCAGUUAUCAAUGAUUUUCUCCUCGCGCGCGAUGAGAAAAACUGAAUCGGAUUUCGACCCUUUGAACAACAAAGAGUUCUUUGUUCUCAACACCCAAGUAGAACCCGAUCACGGUCAGACCCUAUACGACAUUCUCGACGAUGCUAUUUGGCCAGACACACCAGGGGAAGGCCUCGACGAUGUCUGGCUAGAGCAUGUCGCAGAAGUUCUCACAAUCAGGCUAGAUAAUAGUCGAAAUGAGCCAAUCGAUGUUAAAAUUCCAUCAACCUUCUACCCAGAUCGCUAUAUGGAAACUUCCCGGGAUAUUAUCCGCGAGAUUCGCUUGAAAAGAGUUGAAGUACUAGCAAAAAUCAACCAUUUAGAGAGUCUCGCAUCGCAAUACCGUUCUUCCGAGUCUGCCAAACGAUUCGGGAUGUCAAAUGAGAAGUUAUUAGAAAAAGCCGCGGAAGCAUCCGUCGUUGCCCUACCAAGAUAUUUGUCUGAAGGUGCAGCUGAACUUAACAGCGAAGAACUCCUGAAUAAUGGACAACGAGUGGCACAGCAACUGCGCGAUGUUGCUACCAGCAUUAGAGAAAGGCUCCAGAAGCUCGAAACUGAGAAACAAGAAGCUCGUGACAGUCUCCGAAAAUACUCCAAAAUCUUUACAGAACCCUCAGCCUCUGAUGACCAGUCGCCACACCGCAAGUAUACUCUGCGGGGUGUUUGCACGGCUCCCCAUGUCACAUUCGUAUUAAGACGGAACAGUCACGACGGUUCGGAGGAUUUGAUUGAGAUGGAAGAUACAAAUGCUGAAGAAUGGCAGUGGUGGCGGAUUAGUUUCUCGGCAGAUGAUGCAAAAACGCAACAAGCUGCCAAGUCGGAGAACACUAAGAGAAGAAACCUGGCGCCUAAAAACGCUGAUAUCGUUGGGUUUACAACGACCAAAGUGCGAGAAAUUGAGGUACUCAAGGCGGCGCGCGAAUCUAGUAAUGCCCUCUUGGUAUACGCAAAUCCGAAUGCUCUUGCUUUCCAGACCGACCAUACCCCUCCACCUCUUCAGGAGUUUGUGAAUACUGAUAAUAUCAGCUUCAAAGCCGAGCUCGACGCAGCCGACCGUAUGUACCAGGAUGAGCAGAUGGUAGAACCUGGCGAAACAGUUUUUGAGGAAUGGCCGGAUAUAAAUGAGACACAGGCCCCAACUCGACCUGAUAAUAUUGCAGCCGCUGCUUCAAACGUCAAUGUUUUUGACUACGAAGUCAACUCGUUCGACGAUGAGGCCUCCAACCGGGGCCAGGAAAUGCAGGAAGUGGGGGGAAAGAGCCUUCUCACCGGAAGAGACAGAAUCAAACUAUGUCUUUCGUAUCAUCAUCUUUGUUUUACCCUACGAAUUUACUAUCGUGCGCUCAUGUCGCUUGAAACUGCCGCGAUUGCGUCGGCGUCUGUCGAAUUGCUGGAAGGCCGUCUCCGGAGACUCGAGUAUCUCUUGACUGGCGACUCCCAAUGGACCGGGCAUCCAGCCCCAGCCUCAAGGCCAGACUCUUUGGAAGACACCGUCGCUCGCCGACUGGCUCGCUUAGAAGCAGAUCUGAGUGCUUUGAGUAAAUCCAAGCCCGCUGUCUACGAUAUCCUGCAGCUCUAUACCCGAUUCCCAGAUCUUUUCAAAGAAAUGCCUACCGAGGCCCCCCCCGCAAACCUAAGCACUCAGAAUCUCGCUUCCAUUGUUCUUUCCUACGCUUCUGCCUUCCCAGAGACGUCCUCGCGUUUGACAUCUCUCAAUGACCUUCCCGUGCCCGAUGCGAAGGCUUCCAUCGCUCUGAUCGAGCUCCAGCCACGCCUUGAAAGACUCCUACAAAUCCAGCGACAACAAGCGCAAGAGGUAUCAGAACUUCGGACUCGAAGUGCACGACUAUUGCAACGCUGGUAUGAAUUGGGCUUGGUCGGCAGCAGUGAGUGUUGGGCUGACUGGGAAUCUCGGCUCGAGGACAUUGAUCACGAGGUUAAACGCAGAGAAGCGGUGCGAGACCGUAGAGAGAAGGAGGUGUGA